CACGACGACGACCCCAUUCCCAGUACUCCAACCCCACCCCUCCUCUUGGACCACGUGAAGACGUUUAGGUACACGCCACACAAGUAUCGCGAAGGCCCUCGAGCGUACAGAUCCGAAUAUGUUCUUCUCGGGCUCAUCAUCCCACCGCUCAGCGCCUCCGUCACGACGCUCCAGCUCCCCCUCGAGAACGCGCCUCUUCACGAGAUGUCGCUCCACCACUGGCCUUUCCUUAAUGAACUCGUUCUCGAGGGCGAGCACCUCGCGCUGGCAGACGUCACUCCUACGCCGUACAUCUGUUUUCUCGCCAAGAUGCCGAACCUCCGCCGUCUCCGCCUGCACACAGCGGAUGUGCACAGAAAUCCCCAUUACACCCUGUUGUCGCGGUUGGAGCCGCCUCCGGCAGUCUGGCCCGUGUCAGUUCCUCCGACGAAGAGGCCUCCGCUGCAGGCGCUCGAGGAGCUCACGGUGAGCCACCCUCGCACCGACGAUCAGCUGUGGGGUCACCUGCCGUCCGGACUGCGGGAGCUGCGGUUGUGUUCUUGGCCGCACCGAGGAACGCUCCUCCAUCUGUACGAGUCCCAUUACUCCAUGCCGGUUCGGUCGGGUUUGGCAUGGCGCUCGCCGCUCAUCUCGUCGUCCACGCUGUCCCGCAUCGUUGCCUCGUGCCGCAGCGCGUGCAACGUGACCGUGCUGGAGCUCGAGUACGCCACGGACGACGGCGAGAACGCUCUCCUCGAGACCGUGACGGCGACGUUUCCGGCGCUGCAGCGGCUGACGCUCCUGCGG